AUGCCCAUCUACAAAAAGAUCGCCUACGGCUUUGGCGAAGUCGGGCCACACGUGGGGGCGGUGAUCUAUUCCUUCUUUCUUCAGACGUUCCUCCUCGAGGUGGCCGAGGUGGGCGCCUACUGGUUUUGGGACGCGAUCACCGAUCCGAUCAUCGGUCACCUGAGCGACCGGACGACGUCCGCCAUGGGCCGACGACGCCCGUGGCUGCUGUGGGGCGCGGUGCCGUACGCUGUGGCGUACUUUUUCCUGUGGCAGGUGCCGCCGUGGGCCGAGGACGGCGACGCGAUCGCCAUCCUGUGGUAUCUCCUGGUCAUCUUCGCCUACAACACCACCUUCACCUGCGUCGCCGUUCCCUACAGAGCGCUCACGCCCGAUCUGACACGCGACUAUGACGAGCGUACUUCGCUCACCAUGUACAGACAGUUCCAGGCCCUCGUUUCAGGCGUCAUAUUCACUUUCGCGCACUCCAUAAUCAUCGAUAGCACGGACACCUACAAAGACGGCUACAUGCUCAGCGCCCUCAUAUUCGGCAUUUUCAUCAUUUUCCCGCCGUGGGUCACCUUCUUCACCAACAAGGAGCGAUACCAGCGCUCCCAGGAAGAGCACGUCAGCCGAGGGGUCGUCCAGCAUUUUCGCGAGAUUCUGGCCAUGUUCAGGAACCGCGCGUUCCAGAUCGUCACGCUGCUCUUCCUGUGCUGCUGGCUGGCGAUCAACUUCAUCACCAACAACCUCUUCCUCUACGUCAAGUAUGCGCUCAACCUCGAGAGCCACUUCUCGUGGCUGCUGCUCACCAUUCAGGGCACCGCCGCCGUCUUCCUCUUCUUCUGGAGCUGGGUCAGCCGAAAGAUUGGCAAGGUGAACACGUACUACAUCGGCAUGACCGUAUGGACUGUGGUACAGAUCGGCCUGUUCUUCUUCGAGGAGGGCAUCCACCCGUCCUCCAUGUACAUCGCCGGUGCUCUCGCCGGCGUCGGCGUGUCCAUCGGCUUCCUCAUUCCCUGGUCGAUGUUGCCCGAUGUGAUCGAGUUGGACGAGCUCGAGACGGGCAAGAGGCGGGAGGGCAUGUUCUACUCGGUCUACGGCCUCUUCCAAAAGGUUGGCUUGGCCGUUGGCGUAGCGGCCUCCAGCUGGGCGCUCGGACUGGCGGGCUACGUCGCUCCCACGUCGGACGAGGAAGACGUACGGACGCCUCAGCCCGAGGCCGUCAUCUACACGCUCCGAGUAAUGAUUGGGCCGUUCCCCGCGCUUUUGCUGAUACUGAGCUUCGUGGCGGUCUACUUCUACCCCAUCACCCGCGAGCGACACGAGGAGAUUCGACUCGAGAUCGCCGCGCGCAACAAGGCCAUCCGCGAGUCCACACGCAACAACGUCGAUGAAACCGCCACCGCUGAGACGCCAUGA